CCUCGCACGCAGUGUUCUUUUAUCGCGCGCGCAGAAAUACUUAAUUUAUAAAUACUUAUAGAGGGUCGCUGAAACGAUAAAAAACCCAAAAAGAAUUUAAUAAAUCAGAAAAAACACAGUGAGCUGAUUGUGGCGCGGAAUGGAAACAAUGUACGAUAUAUGCGCAUUUAUUUACGGAAUUUAUCAACGGCCGGAGGCGAGAAUUAAUGGCAAUUAGUUUCUACAGCAAAAGUGCUAAGAAUUCGCGGCAGUGUGUGAACAGAUUAAAAUUUCGCAAAUACACAACCGACAAGUGAUUACCGCAGCAACUAAAAAAUUAAAGCAAACUAAGCGAAGAAUUCUUCGAGUGUCCACAUCACCCACAGAGGUCCCCAGACACCUCUUGUUUAUUAAAACUUAUCAAUUGUCCAGCGGGCAAUCCAAUUGAUUAGGACCCGCAUGUGCUUGGCAAACCAAAAAUCAUAAACCACAAAACCAACAGCCAAAUAUUGAGUGUGAGUGUGUGUUGUGUUUGGGCCUGACAGUGCAAAAAUUAAAAUAUACAUAGUGUAGUAUCCUAUCCACCCUCUGAGGAAAUACUCAAAAACCUAAAAGUGAAAUCAAUUUUAAUACAAGCGCAAGUACCACCAGCAUAAGCCACAAUUGACAGAACCGAAUUGUGACAACGGAUUCGGAUUCGGAGAGUUGAGAUCCCGCAGAUUUCCCGGCACAGUUCUCGAGUCAAUGACGUGCACUUUGACCAGCGAGGUGGAGUUUCCGUUUUUGAGAAUCGAUCAACUUGAAGCGAAGAAAUGCCGCCCUCUGCGUUUUUAGGGAAUGCCACCAUAAUCAGUGCCGCCAACGCCUUGGACAGCCACAAGGAGCAGCAGCAGCUCCUCCACCAGCAACAGCAACACUUUGCCACCAGCACCACCAGCAACAACAAUAGCCAAACGGCUCCCAACUUUAACUACAAACAGGCAGCCAGCAACAACAUGGUCCUGCAGAGCUACGAGAACUAUCCGAGCUAUCAUCUGGCUCAGCAUCAUCACCAUCAUCAUCCGCACACGCACCACCUGCAUCCUCACCAGCAACUGGGGCAACAGCCGCUAAUGCAGCAUCAUCAGCUGCAACAACAGCAGCCCCACCACCCACAACUGCAACAGCCACAGCAGCAGCAGCCACAUCACCAGCAGCAUUAUGGAUCCCCACAGCAACACCAUCGAUUGUCCGGCGGCAGUACGGGCAGCGCCUCCAACACCACCUCCUCCGGCUCCAGUUCGAGUGGCUCCUCCUCCAGCGGAUUUGGAGGAGCGGCAGCCGGAGCUGGUGCAGGGACAGGAGCAGGAUCAGCCAGCAGCAGUCUGGUGGGGGCUCUGAGCAGCUCCACGGCUGCCUCGCUGGGAUUGGGGUACUUCAACGACAUUGCGCCCUUCGUGGGCGGCGAUGCGAAUGCCUACUACACGGAUUCGGAUGUCAACUUCUUCAGUUCAGGCUACAGCAGCAACACUCAUGAUCGUAGCAACAACAGCCCGCCCCCGCAGCAAUCGCAGCAACAGCAGCAGCAACAGCCGACUGUCAAUGGCAACAACAACAACAAUAGCGGCGGCAACAACAACAGCAGCAACAACAACAACCCCAACAACUCCAUGCUACCGCCCGCUGUACAACAAAAUAGCAAUAACAACGAAAACAACGCCAGCAGCAACGCAAACAGCAGCAGCCACAACACCAACAACAGCGGCAGCAACAAUGCCAAUGCGGGCAGCAACAACAACAAUAAUAAUAAUAAUAACAACAACAACAUCAACUACAUGGCCGCCAUGGCGGCAAUCUACCAACACCAGCUGAAGGAGGAGCCAGGAACCGGCCAGAACGGCGGCUCCUACGGAGGCAACCAGAACGAUCCCACGGAUCUCAGCAGCUACGGUCUGCCCAGCCACCUGGCCGCCUACACAAGUGGGGCGGGGGGCGGUGGCAGCUCCGUGGGAGGCGGCGGCGAUGACAGCGACUACCACAGCACGAUCUCGGCGCAGGAGCACCAGAGCCAGGCCUCGAGCGGAGGCAACGGUCCGGGAAGUGGCGGCAAUGGCAGCUCCGGCAACAGCAACGGCUACGGCAUGGACAGCAGCUCGGAGUUCUACGGUGCCUAUGGCCGGGGUCGCUUCCACGACGGCUAUGGGCCAGAGUUCACGCCCUAUGACGCUCAGUCCUUCCAGAUGGCCGUCCAGCCAACGGGCAUGGACCAGUGGGGAGCAUCCCACCCGCACCAGCAUCCAGCGGCGUACAUGAGCACCCUGGGGCUGGACAAGGGCCUGCUAGGAGGCUACACGACGCAGGGUGGAGUGCCGUGCUUCACGGGCUCCGGUCCCAUCCAGCUGUGGCAGUUCCUGCUGGAGCUGCUACUGGACAAGACGUGCCAGAGCUUCAUCUCCUGGACGGGCGACGGUUGGGAGUUCAAGCUAACGGAUCCGGAUGAGGUGGCUCGUCGCUGGGGCAUCCGAAAGAACAAGCCCAAGAUGAACUACGAGAAGCUGAGUCGGGGUCUGCGUUACUAUUACGACAAAAACAUCAUCCACAAGACGGCAGGAAAACGCUAUGUCUACCGUUUCGUCUGUGAUCUCCAGAAUCUAGUUGGACACACGCCGGAGGAACUUGUGGCCAAAUAUGAUCUUAAGAUUGAGAAGAAGGACGUGGACUAGUCCACGAGCAGCAGUGAAGCUGCCCAUCUUGGGUGAGCUGCCCCCCAGCCGGAUUGUACUCAACCACCAGCCGCAAAAAAUACUUUCGAGCGUUAUUGUUUACCAAGCGUGAUGUUAGCUUUUAAGCAGCAGCCCCCGAACUGCGAUCUUGCUACGAGAUUACCCACCCAAAGCCCAACACCCCCCAAGAAACCCUGAAAAUUCAAAACUAUCCCCUCCCCAACUUGCUUGUAAUUAUCGUGUAAAAAUUAGACUUUUGAAUUAAUUUGAAAUUAAUUUAAAAUACUUCAGAGUUAGCUUUAAGUUGAGCAAGAGAUAACCAGUAAAAAAAAAGGAUAAGAAUUGAGAGAGAAUUAAUAUGAAGUUCUGUGUGCAAUGCGAAUGAUGUCUGCGGCAAGAAUCGAACAUUGUUAGAGGCCAUAAAGCAUGUGUCCCCCCCAAAAGUGAUAUUAGAGCGCAACAUUUUGUUAUACGUAAAUAAUCAUUUUACCCGCACGGGGCACCAGAAACAUUUCAACAAAAAAAACAAACAAAUAAAAAUCAUGCAUGUAUAUAUGGAAGGCAGGCUGAUGAAGAUGUUAUAAGUAGGUCUCUAGUAUUUAUAUUGUAUAAUCUGUGUAAUCUGUGCUACUGGUACAACUAAGUUUUCCAACUUCCAAGCCACGACUUUUUUUUAAUCUUUUCCCGCAACUCGCAACCCAUCUUGUGCGCUUCCGUGCGAUCCCAAAAGUUUUAAACGUAGAACGACGACAGGACACUCCUUGUGAACUCCUUGUUUUAGCCCCUAGGCGUACUUGUAGGACCUAGACUCUAUAGACUACCAUAGUUAGGUGUUAAGCGCGUUGAUGUGUAUUUGUAUGUCUAUUAACUACUUAAGUCUAGCUCCUAGAUGCUUAGCCACGUAUUACGUAAAGUUACGAUCUAAAAAAAAGAAAAAACCACAUACAUUUUGUAGAGCAAUUCUAAACUAUUGUAUUUAUACAGAGCGUACGUUUUAAUCUAGAGUUAUCGAUUAACAUUGCUAAUGAUACAAACAAUAAAAAGAAACGUCAAUUUGAAAA